GUAAAAACUAAAAGUCAUUUUAACAGCACUCAAUGUAAGACUUUCAUUAGGUGCUUGUAAAUAUAACUUAACAGUCUAACACCUUAAGUGUCUCUUCCACUUCAUCAAAUGGAGGAAAUUGGAAAAAUCCCAUGGACGAUCUUCUUAUUCUCUCAUCCUAUGUUCUCUUGUUUCAUUUCACUCUAUACUAUAUUUCUACUUUAUUUCCCUCAAGAUUCUCUUCGGAUUCUUAUUUCUCCUGUUCCUCUCCUCGUCGGAGCUUUCUUAGUCUCCUACUUCCGCUUCGGGUUGACCCGAGAAUCCAUUGCGCGACCCGGAAAUAAUGAGAAUUCGAUAGGACCCGAACUCAAAACUGGUCUCGGUUCAAAUCCGGAUUUCAUGGGUGAUUUAGUGGAAAGAAAUUUGAAAUUGAGAGCUCCAUUGGAAGUUAUACACGAAGAAGAAGAACAGCCGAUGACCCGGUUCGUAAUGAUCGAGAGGUUACCAUCUUUAUCGAUGUUUAACCCAGAAUCUGAUUCCGAAUUGGACCGCUAUUUCCCGGUUAUGAGUGAAAAUGAUCCAACCCGGUUCGUGAGGAUCGAAAGGUUACCAUCGUUGUCGAUUAAACCGGAAUUUUAUUUGGUUUUCGGGUCCGAAUUGGAUAACUAUUUCCCGGUUAUGGAUGUAAAGAUCCGAUCCGGUUUAGGAGGAUCGAGAGAUUCCCUUUGUUAUCGAUAA